UCACCUGGCGAAAUUUCAUUCAAUUGGCGAUUUAAUGAGAACACGAUGAUUUUAUCGAAUUUUCGACACUAACGACAUCUUCUAUCAAUACUUUACAUUUGUCAAUGGGCUUGUAUACGAAGCGCCUCGUUUCGUCGAAAGUUCAUCGAUUUGCUCGGUUUUUUGAACAAUUUGAGUGUGUUUUCAUGUAUUUGCGGUUGUGCAGGUGCAAUUUCAUCUUUUGAGUAAAGAACGGGACGUAGGUUGCGAAAUUUUGAAAAAAUUGUUGCAAGUUGUCAUGGCGGCGUUGCAGGCCGACCAAUAGGAGCGGAGGAUGCCAUCGCUUACCAGUGUUCUUUUUCGCUUUGGGUACGCGUCAGCCAUUAUCCAGCGUUUUCUGGCUAUCGAUUAAUUAUUUUUCGGCUGAAAUUUAAGGGAGUCGACUAAUCUUGCUGGUGUUUCCACCGUUGGGUGAAAGUUAACGAUAGAAAAGCAGGUAAAAUGCGAAAGAGUCCAUUGUUGUCACGUGACGUAGCGGAUUAGUAUGGCGAAAGAGCCGAGCCACGGUCGUGAGUAAUUUUCACUAAACUUUUGACAUUCGUAUUUGUACACAAGUUUGUUUUUGUAAUAUCCCACGUGGAUUUGGAACCACCAUAUGAUAGUGUGAUGUCAACAAGAGGUGCUAAAAAGAGGGGACGCCCCCCCAAGGUGCAAGUAGCCGAUAGGACUAAAAAGUUUCAGUACCAUCUUAUGAAGAAACCGAAAUACUUGUUGAAUUACCCUAGAAAAGAAACAGACUCGCAGUCUAGCACUCCCUCCGCUUCUAGAGCCUCAUCUCCACAGGAAAGCGAAUCCCGGAGAAGCAGUACCAGAAUCAGGGGAAAAGAUGGGCACAGAGCGGGUCGAAAAGCUGGAUCAGCUGGUUCAGCUUACCAAAGAAGAGGCUACAAUACGGGUUACGAUUACCAUGAUUCUGAAUACCACUACGGUUCGGAUUUUGGGGACGACGAUAGUGAUAAGAGUGAAAUUGAGGAUGAGGUUUUGAGUGAAAGCGAUGAGGAGUCUGUGAGGGGACCCAGUAGUGAUAGUGACUUUUCCCUUAGCAGCUAUAGUACAUUUAGUGGCACACCUAGAAAGCAAAAUCUUACCCUAACCAGGGCACCAACACCUGAACCGUUAUGGCUCCAAAACCGUGAGAUUCCGUCACUAAAUCUACCAAAAUCCUCAGAAGAUUUGCUGGUUCCCAAGGAACAUGUGAUGAGCAUUUUAAGCAUCUAUGAAGUCCUGAGGCAUUUCAGAAACCUCGUAAGGCUGUCUCCCUUCAGACUAGAAGACUUUUGUGCUGCUAUUGCUUGCGAAGACCAGAGCAGUCUGCUUUCAGAAAUUCACAUUAUGCUACUUAAAUCCCUUCUUCGGGAAGAAGACUCACAACAGACCCAUUUUGGACCAUUAGAUCAAAAAGACAGUAUCAACAUAGCCUUGUAUCUAAUUGACAAUAUUACCUACCCAGAAAUUCUAAGGUCUUAUGUGGAGAGUGAUAAGGGAUUUGACCAAAAUGUGCUACAAAUAUUAAGCAACUCGAACUAUCCAUUUACAACGUUGGAAAAUCGUAUCAAAGUGCUUCUAUUUCUUACUGAUCAGUUUCUUAUCACCAACCCUGUUCGGGAUGAUUUGCUGAGUGAAGUUCCCAUGCACUAUGACGAUCACUGCCGAGUCUGUCACAAGUUGGGGGAUCUUUUGUGUUGUGAAACCUGUCCAGCAGUGUAUCACUUGGAGUGCGUGGAUCCCCCCUUAGUCAAUGUACCUGAAGAAGACUGGCAAUGUGGAAUUUGCCGAUCGCAUAAAGUGUCCGGUGUAGUGGACUGUAUCCUGGAUGUGGAGAAGCAAGGACAACUAUCCAGACAAGAACCAUUAGGAUACGACAGGCAUGGUAGGAAAUACUACUUCUUGUGUCGGAGAAUUUUUGUGGAAAGUCAAGAUGGUGAAGUCUGGUACUACACGAUACCAAUCCAAUUUGAAGAAUUGCUCAAUUGUCUAGAUAGAGACGAGAUGGAGAAUCACCUUUAUCGAGAACUGCAGGAGUUCAAAGACGAAAUCGUGAGGCAAAUGCAGUUGACGGAUGCGCUGACCAAUCAGUUGAAAGCCAAUAAGAAGACCUAUUUGGACGCUGAAAAUUCUGCAAUUUUGCGGGAAAUUAAAGAACGCGAAGAAAAAUCGGAAGAGGAUACAAAGGAGAAAGGUCGACAAAACGCUGAAGAUAUGGUGGCCAAAAUGCAUGAAGAUGAUCCGAAAAAUUCAGCUGUACCACAGGGUGAAACUGAAACCACUAGUGUGGACUCAUCAGAUGUGGGGUCUGAAGAAACCAAUUCUGUCGAUAAGAAGGGAUCAGAAGGCGAUAACGAUGAUGAUAAAAACAAAGAUCCCUCAAGCCGACUAAAAAGCAGUCCAGCAACUUCACGUGCACACAACCUGGAUGAACUUAAAAAGAAAACAAUUAUCUCCGAUGAAAAGGAUGAUUCACGCCUAACCAGACUGCGAUCCACUCAAAUGGCUAAUGGAACGUAUCUGUUCAAAUUAGGAAUGGAAAAUACUUUCAAGAGCUACGUCAACCAGUUUACUACCAACGUAAUCGCCUUAAACAAGCCCCAAAGAAACGAGGAAAGAGACAAGAAGCGACACUUAUCACAUAAAUUUUCUUUGACUCCAGCUUCGGAGUUUAAGUGGAUAGGUGGCACCAAUGGAUCACAAGUUCUAUUAAUGAACACCUUCAAGCAUACCAUCUUACAACUGGAGCAAGUGACUCCAUCCCCAUUUAUGCACCCAAACUGGAACUUGGUGCGAAAACAUUGGUUGAAUAUUGUUAGCGGUUGUCAAUCUUCCAAAGACUGUGUUAAAUCCCUAAUUGUGUUGCAAGCAUGUAUUAAAUCGGUUUGCUUUGCAAAUGUUUGGCACGAUCAGCUAGGACACACAAAAUUGUCAAGAAUCACCGCUCAAGAGCGAGAAGAGCGCAAGAAAAUGGAAAAACGUGAAAAAAAAGACCGCGAGGAAGAAGAAGAAAGAAACCGACUCAUCAUCACUGGUUAUGUGAAGUAUACGAUGGGUUUCAAACACCAGCUAUGGAAGCAAAAAGGUGAAGAGUACCGAAUUCAUGGUAGAUGGGGUUGGCUAUGGAUGAGAAUACCCAGGAAUUUCAAACUUGUUGAUUCAAAGAAACAGGGACUUUUUGGAGAUCCUCAAAGAUAUAUGCUUCAAAUCAAGGACAAGGCAGGUCAAAAGAAAAUUGUUUCUUUGAGUCCCAAUAUGUACAGAUUCUUAAUGAACAAAUUGAAUAAUGGAGAAAAUUCAGAAGGGGAUAAUAAUAAGGAAGUUAGUGAAGCUGACAAGAAAAUCGAAGAAAGCUUUCCAGAAGUGUUAAAGAACAUAGAAAUAAUCCCAAUAGUAAACGAAUUUCAAGAAAUUGAUGUAUCCAAAGCGUUGACUACUCCAGGGCGUUUAUUGUACCCCAAAGUGGGUAAAAAGGGAGUCUUGGAUGAGCUGCUCGGAAGACGGACGCAAUUGAAAAUACUCGAAGAAAGGAAAAUUUCACAAAGUAAGCCAGGUGGGGAACAAUCAGUGGCAAAAGAAGAAGAAAAUGCUGAUGUGGAAGGCGAAGAGGAUUCACCGUCUGAUGGUAUUGAGAAGCAGCUCAAUACCAUGUUAACUGGAAAAGUUGCUGUGUCGAACGCGACUACGCCAGUGGUUAAUCGAGAGGUUAUUAACAGUAUAGCGAAGAGAAUUAAUAAUCUUAGAACGCAGUAUUCGGCGAUUUCUAAAGUUGCCAAAGACUUUCAGUGUUACGCUAAGGGAUGCAAUUCUGCCAGCAACCAUCAAUUGGAAAAUACUUGUUAUUCUCCUCUUUGCACUCAAAGAGUGAAAAUUCGUCGCGAUCUUUUGACUUUAUUGAGGAGGGCAAAUCUCGCAUCCAACAGUCCCAGCUCUGUGAAGGUUGUUGGUGGCCAAAUACUCACCCCAGUGAAGAAAACUUCAAUUUUAGAACAGACUCUAAAAUCACCGCAAGCAUCAGUUGCUGCGUCCUUAGGAAACAAAGAAGACGAAGAGGAGAAGAAAAACUCUAAUGCCAAUAUAUGUAAGGACUUGGUAAAUGCCGUUUUAACUGCUGAAAGUGCCGAAGAUGAAUCUAAGCAGAACGUCUAUAUUCCGGUUAAGGAAGCAUCUGUUGCAAAGCAAGAGGUCAAGACGGAAGUGAAAAACGAAACCGCUUAUAGGGAUUUUGAGCUUAAAGAUGAACCCAUGGAUAUUGAUGUGACCUGCACAAUGCCUCCAGUGAAAAAGCAGCCGGAAAUUGAAAAUGAUGAGAGCCAGGAUGUUGAUAUGAAGGAUGUCGGUACUGAUGCGAUAAGGGAUAUUUUGAAAUCCAAAUCUAAUGAUACUACUACAACCCCUUCAGCAAUGGUAACAAGAUCUACUGAUGGCAAGUUCAAGAACCUCAAUGUGUCCAGUUCUGUGCCAGUGCAGUCUGCAAACGGUUCUGGACACAGCAUAAAAACGCGCAAUGCAAAAUCUGCUACUUAUAUUGCACAACAGAAUCGACGAUUUUGUGGUCACCGUGUGGGCGUUAAGAAGGAGGAAAAAGUGGCAAAAACUGAACAUGCUGAAGACGGUAGUCCGCGUAUUUAUUCAACAACAUCUACAGAAGGCAAAAUAUUCCUCAAGAAGAUUCCAAAUCAAGUUGACUUGCGCCGAAAGAAGCGCCAGAUUGUUAAGUAUCCUGUUUCUUCCACGUUCCAGGCGAGAAAGGGAGUGUCUUCCUUACUUGUGCUUCCUCAACACGAUGCCAGAAAAUUGGCGAGAAAUGCCGGAAGAAUUCAAGUUCCCGGUUACCAUAUCAUGGCCAAGCAAAACAAUUCAGUUUGGCCAUAUCCGUGUGCCAGGCCGCUGUUUAAAACAUGUUGGAUUUACCGUACAAUCAACUUGAAGUCUUUAGCAGGCGCAGCGCUGCAACUGCGAAUAUUAUGGGCAACUCUACGAUGGGACGAUAUGCAGACCAAACCCCCAAACACCGAAGGAAAACAUCAAAUUACUACUGAAACCGAAAUACUUUCAUUAGAACUUCUGAAGCACCGACACAUCGGCCAUUUCCUUGAGAAAACCCAGUACUUACGAAGAAAAGUAGUCAUCCCCUUGGAGCUUCCCAAAACUGUUCGAGAAGUAACAUCGAUCAGAAGCGGGUUGAGAAAGCGGAAACGACCCGAGUCGCCACAAUCUAUGGAUCCGCAAGUAUCGGAGGAAUGGGUGGAUGAGGAUAAGUUGGAGCUGUGGGAAAUCAAGCAGUAUGGAGAAAAGGUGGAGAAAGUGAAUCAACAAGUUGUGACUAGGAGUCGAACUGGCAAUCUACCGCCACCAAGACCUUCCCUGCAGGGUUCAAUUGAGGUCGGAGACUGCAAAGUGACCGUCAACAAUAAAGCCACCCCCGAAGAGAUUAAAGAAAAGAUGGAGCAACAGUUGCGGAUGCAACGUGCUGCCCACCAGCAGAAACGAGCUCUAGAAGUGAAGACUCUCCACGUUAAGAAUCCAAUUGAUGGGAUCGGGACGACCACUCAAUCUACUGUGUCUACUUCCACUUCUAGUACAUCUGCUAGUUUGGAAAAGUCAAGUAUUACCACUAGCAGUAAUCCUUCCUUAAAACCGAUUCAACCGAAAGAUGGAACUGUAAAAUUAGUGAAGAAUGUCGUGGUACCAACACAAGCUGUUAUAGGAGGGAAAAAUACACUUACAUCUCUUUUGACGGGUAGCAACAAAGUUGCAGGCCGACGAAUCUUAAUGACCAAAGGACCUGAUGGACAAACGCGCUUAGUGACCGGCUCGCCUGGUACCUCUCUAGUGACGAAAACUCCACAACAGAGUCUAAUUAAACUGCAUACUACUCAACAGUUGCCGAAUAUUCAGCAAGUAAUCCAAUCGCCAGGCCAACAACAAGUAGCAACCACAUCAUCUGUAACCACAUCCACACCAACUACACCGGCUAAAGAUCCUCAGCGAGUUCAAAUUAUGCGAACACCCGAUGGUCGAAUAACUGUGAAAGGCUUGAUGCCUGGACAACAAUUAGUCCAAUUUCCAGAUGGAAAGCUGCAGGUUCUGACCACUACUCAAGUGUCGUCCACUCCGGCCGCUGCAACCAAACCCACACCUACUUCUACGCCAGUAAAGCCGCAGGUUACUAAACCAGCUAUUACCACUUCUACUCCGGUAGGUAAACUGACCCAGCUGAAGCCGAUCAAUUCGCCGGCUCCUCAAGUCGUGCAAUCCCAGACUUCAUUAGCACCCAAGGCGCAACUGAUCAAGCAGCAGGGUGGACAGGUGCUUCAGAAGAUUGCCCAGGCCGGCGUGGCAGUCAGCACUUCGCAAGUUCCGCAAGUUGUGGUUGGCGCCAAUCAGAUGAUUUCGACUCAGGGAGGCCAACAGGUCAUAACGAAUCAAAUAGUCGUCAACAAUCCGAAUUUAGCGCAACAAUUAGCUUCAGGCAAAGUGCAAGUUGCCACUGUUAAUGGACAGCAAGUGCUAAUUCGACCUACUGGUAACAAUCAAGCUCAGGUUAUAGCUCAGCUCACUCCAGGCAGCAUUACCCAGACUGUGCCAGGUAGUCAAACCAAUCAAACUGCUACCCCAACACGAACCGUUGUUGCUACCCCUGUUAAGCAAAGUGCUGCAGUUCCAGUGGCUUCAACGAGUCCCACGCCCCAACCGGCGCAAGCGGCACAGAAAGCUGCACAAGCAGACAAUCAAACAGUUGACAAAUCUACUAUGGAUCAUUUGUUGGCUGGACAACCGCCCGGUACUGUAAUCAAAUGCGUUACUGCACAGGUUAUCCAGACACAACAGGGGCCCAGAAUCGUCCUGCAAGGAUUACAAGGGGCUGACUUUACGCCGCAACAACUCGCGGCUGUCCAGCAACAAGUUAAGCAACAGUUGCUGAAAGCACAAGCUUCGACUGGUAAACAGGGGGUCCUGGGUCCUACGAAGAUUUACCUAGCUGUCCAACCUAGCCAGCCUGAGGCUUCCGGCGAGUCUCCCACUAAUCCGCCACCCUUAACUCCAGUACAACAAAGUCCCGCGAAAGAACAGUUACAGCAAAGUCCUUUAAAGCAGCUGGUCGUUGGCGCUUCCAAACCGCUAGUUCAGGCUGGCGAGCCUGGCAAUGUUGCAAAAGUGCAUGCCAAUGGACAGCAGUCUCAAACCUCCACACUCCUGCAGGUCAUGAAGGCUAAAAUGGAGAGUAAGGCUUCGGGAGCAGGUGGGGGCGCAACAGCCAGUGGCGAUGCGAAUAAGCAGUUUGUUGUGACGCCAGACUAUAUACAGCAAACAAUCAAAACCGCUUUAAAGCAAGAGAACCUUAAUCCGGAAAUCGAGGAGAAGCUACUGCAGCUACAACGAUUCCAGGAGAAGCAGAUGAAGCAAGAGCCGGACUCUCCAUCUCCAGUAGUGAGAGUGGUUUCAAGUACGCCAGUGGCGUCCAUAAACCGAUUUCCGCCCGCUGCUCGGAAACGACCCCCCAGCACAUCGAAAAAUGAUGAUGCCGAUUGGGUGAUGGAACAACCGAAACGUAGUCGACCUAGUAAAAUUAAUGAGGUCAGGAAGCCUGAAAUCGUUGUACAACCAGAACCUGUAAAAGAGAAGCUCUUGUCGCCCAGGUCACGAACCAAGCCCAAAGAAACCCCGGAUCGUUUAUCCAACUUGAAAGCCAAAGUGAUGGUAACGUUGUAUCGCCAGAAGGAGCUUCUUAAGAAGGACAUUCUGCGCAAGCGAGCUCUUUUGGAAAAAGAACUGCAAUACGAGAUUCAGAAAGAGGUGGCUGAUGAGCUGGCAGCCAGAACGAAAAUCGAAAGAUCUAAACAGGACGAAGUGCGAACAGGCAGUAGUAAAAGAAAGUCAACGCCUACCGCCACAACACCUGCUAUUCCUGUUCACAAACAGCCGUUUGGCAGGAACAAGAAGAACCCCAAGCCUCAUGCCUCUCCUAAUUCGUCUGCUCAUGGGAAACUUAAAAAGGAAAAGGUAUACUGCAUCUGUCGAACGCCUUACGACGAAACCAAGUUUUACGUGGGUUGCGACUUGUGCAACAACUGGUUUCACGGAGAGUGUGUUGACAUUACGGAAGAAAGCAGUAAGAGUUUGACUGAGUUUGUGUGCGAAGAAUGCAAACAGGCGCGGGAAACACAGAAGUUGUAUUGUCUGUGCCAGCAACCAUACGACGACUCACAGUUUUAUAUAUGUUGUGAUAACUGCCAGGACUGGUUCCAUGGACGAUGCGUUGGAAUUUUACAAUCUGAAGCAGACAACAUUGACGAAUACGUGUGUCCUCGUUGUCAGAAAAAUAGCUCGGUUAAUUAUGUUAAUAUGAAGGAUUUGACGCACAAGGACUUUGAGAAUCUGAAGAAGCUUAUUAAACAGAUACAGAUGCAUAAAAGUGCAUGGCCCUUUAUGGAACCCGUCGACCCAACGGAAGCGCCAGAUUACUAUAAAGUCAUCAAAGAACCUAUGGAUCUACAGAUGAUCGAGAACAAAAUCAAUGAUCAGGUCUACACGAAACUCAGCGAAUUUAUCGGGGAUAUGACUAAAAUUUUUGAUAACUGUAGAUAUUACAAUCCCAAAGAAUCUCCGUUCUUUAAGUGCGCGGAAUCACUCGAAGCGUACUUUGUCAACAAAAUCAAAUGCCUUAGAGAUAAGCUAUACGAAAGUGUUAAGUAAAAAAAUAAAGGUUAAGAUUUGCGCUAACAAAACUUUAUGUUGAUUUCGAUGGCUGUAAAACUAUUUGAUUGUCGGAUUUUCUUUUAAUCUGCUGAUCCUACAUUAGUUCAACAAAUUUAUUGAAGGCUUGGUCGAUCUCAAAUUGUAUGAGCUGAUUAGUUUACAAUUAUAUUGUUGAGGGAGCAUUAUUUAAUUUGUAAAUAGUUCGAAUUUUUUUUGUAAAUAUAUUGAUCUUUAAGAAUGGCAUUAGUCUUGCUUUAUAUAUGCGUAACUGAAUUCGAUUUUAGGAUGCGAUAUUUUAAGUUAUUAAUUAUUACUAUUGCAUUAUUAUUACUUGAAAUUUCACUAUGGUAUAAUAGAAAAUUACAUUUGUACAUAUUUUCCUACAUGGUAAAUUUUCUUGAAUAUUUAGCGAUACCAAAAAGUUGGUUUCUUCUUUGCCAAGUAAUUACUUAUUUAUAUUUUAGCAGUCAUUUAGUCAUAGCAAUAGGGCAGAAAACGUCAGGUCUCCUAUAUAUAUCUUGUUUGUUUGUAUAAUUAUUGAACUGGUAUUCCCAUUUUCACUAUUCUACUGUUAUAAAUCUUUUACAAUGAUUUAAAAAGGAAUUUAAACAGCAAACUGGAUCGAAUGUCGCAUCCUACCGAUGUCUAUAUUUUUCCCAGUUACUCUGUAUAUAUAAUCGUGUAAAAAAGUGUAAAAUUAUUAAAAUCCAUCAAGAAUCUAAUCGGGAUGUUUAGUGUAUUUAUAUUUAUGUAAUGGAUUAGACAUAGUGCCAUUGUAGAUAUUACAUCAUUUUGUUUUUAUUUAAAGAAAGAUAUUUCCAUUUACGUUUGCACAUACAUAUUUGAAAAUUUUUAUAUUUAGUCGGUAGCCUUCUUAAAAUCGUUUUAUCAACAAAUAAAAUCCUCUACAAAU